AUGUGUGCAUUUGCUGCCGCUGCCGCUGGCUGCGCCCCGUCCGCCCGUGCCAAAGCUGCCCAAGCAUAUCUAUUAUCGAGCCGGGUCCCGCGCGUGGGUAUCACAUGCCGCCUGUCCGAGCAUGUCGAGCCCGGCGUGCCCGAGCAGCCUUCUCAAGGCCCGCCUGUGCUCGACGCGGAGGGAAGAGAAAGAGAUGCCCAAGCGAGCAGCCACCCCGUGCACUCGCGCGAAAACGCUCCCGCACCGAGACACGUUUUGAGAGAUCCGUCGGCGAGCUUUUGGGAUUGCGCUCGAGCACCGCUUGUGGGCUCGACCCGGGACGGUCUCCCCCAAAAUCUGCACAAUCUGCGCAAUCUGCAUCUCGUCGACGCCGGCACGCUGGCUCGCCAAAAGAUCGCGCGCGCGUCGUCUAUUAUCGCGUCGCGUGGUCCGAAACAUUUCAACCAAGCAGCACGGAUGCGAUCUAGAACGCUGGAUGGGCUGCGAGACCCUCGGGCGCGGCCUGCUCGCCGACGGGCGAAAGUAGCAGCAACGAGACACGCCGGCCUGCGAGGACAACGGGAUUACAUACGCAAAAAGAAAGCACAGCCUCGCGAAGUGGGGGAACAGCGGAGGAAAGCCGGAAGAAUCACGCUCGGGCCGACGUCUUCGCUGGGCUAG